UCGCUUCUCCGUCACUCUCAAUUCUCAAAAACCACCACCCCCGCCAAAAAUCUGCACACUUUCAAUUCCCUCCACUUUACACCAAAUUCAAUUUAAUUUAAAAAUCAACACUAUAACCUAAACAAAAAUAAAUUCAAAACCUUAUCACAUUAUCAUUCUUUGAAUUUCAAUUUCUAUGGCGGAAUUUGAAGCUCCAUCAUUCUCUUUAGGUCUCGAUCUCGACAGCACACCUCCACAUUCUCCACUCAACCACGGCCCGAUUCCUCAAGUUCCCGACUCCGAUCCAGAAUCCCAACCCGAUCCCCCAAUCCGUAUCCUCAAACGACUCCGUCGUGGUCCUCCUUCCUCCUCCUCCGUUCACCACCAAACGGAACUGCCGCCUCCGUGCAUCAAUGCCGACGAUGAUAUCGAGGAGUUCUCAUCGGAAGAUGAACCCGUUCAAGUAUUUAGAAAUUCCUCGGUUGGGAAUCGUUCUGUAUGUGGCAGCUCAAAAGUCUCAUUGAAAGGUGUUGGAGUUUUGACUCCUCAUUCAUGUAGCAAUUCUAGGGAGAGAAAAAGAAAGCAGGAUUCGGAUAUUCCAGCUUCGGUUGGGUUGGAGAUGGGUCAGAGUGGGUUUGUGUUUCCCAAGUUAGCGGCUAGUCCUGUUCGUAGGUUUCAAUUGCUCGAUUCUGACGACGACGAUGAUCUGUUUAGUGAGGAUGUUAAUUUUAGUGGUGUUGAUAAAGUUGGGCCUUCCUUGUCAGCGGGGCCAAUGUGUAACCGAAGCACUCCUUUGGAACACGAUAGAAAGACUCAAUUUGGUGUGAACCAAAAUCAGGAUUUAUGGAAAGAUCUUUCUCCGGUGAAGAAUUUUUCCAUUCCUACACCUGCCUUCAAUGAGGUGUGUGAAGAGUACUUUUGUUCUGCCAAGAACAUGGAAGUGCCGAAAUCAGGGAUUGGUAUAUCUGAAAAUCACAAUGAGACAUAUCGCGGGGUUAAUUCUGGAUGCCAACAGGAUGAACAGGUAUGGGAAGCGGCAGGUCCUCUUCCUCCUGCUCAUUGUUAUUAUUUCCAUGAGGAUCCAAGAAUUCAGCAGUUGGUUCGCAGUCGCUUGUGUAAUUUUUCUCCAUUAGGUGUCAACAGCAUGAAUCAGCAACAAAAUGUCUCGCAUAUCGAUUACAUGGGACAAUUCGACAAUGGAGGAGCUUCUAGAAUGCCGGGAGUUCAGAAAGAACGUGUUAAUGGCACAACAAGCAGAAGAAGCAAAUCAAAUACUUUGAAUGUUGAGGAAACCUUUAAUGCUUCAGAAGGUUGGGUGGAUCCCAAAAGCAUUUCUCCUUUCGGCAGUGGAACAUCUAGUAGAAAGAAAGCAACAAGGAGAAACAGCACUAAAAGCAGUGUGUCAAGAAGUAAAAAUCAACAAUCCAAAUUAAACCCUUCAAAUGUUUCGGGAAAUUGGGUGGAACCCAAGAGUUGCACCAGUAUGCCGAAAGAUGCAGGGAGAAGGCGUGUACAAGCAAGUAGUCAACCUGCUGGUCAUUGGUAUACAGGUUCUGAUGGAAGAAAGGUUUAUGUCAGCAAAAAUGGACAGGAGUUGACUGGCCGAAAUGCUUAUAGACAUUAUCGGAAGGAGAGUGGAUCAGGUUUCAAGAAAUCCAAAAAGAAGACUAGUGCUAAGAAGGCAAAUGCCAAGAGAAAUUAAACAUUUGGUGCAACAUAUUGUUCCCUGCCAUGUCCACAUUAAAUUACUUUUGGACAGACAGCAUCAUGUAAAUUACUUGUUGGUCUUAUGACUAGUAUUACCCAGUAGGUUUGAUUUGUGUUCAA